ACUCCACAGUGCACUCUGCUGCCUCCAGCUCCCCAAGCAGCGGAGAGAGCUCAGCUCGGCGGUCAUGCCGUCGUCGAGCACGGCCGCGGCGGCGGCGGCCAUGGCGUCGUUGCGCGCCCUCCCGCUCCCGGUGCUGGUGCCCCUCGUCGUCUCGGCGCUCGCCUUCCUGGUGACCGUCCUCCGGCGCGUCCUGCGGCGGCAGCGCCCGGUGUACCUGCUGAACUACAGCUGCCACCUCCCGGACGUGGACCGGCAGGUGAACCUGGAGGUGUGCGAGUACUUCGGCCUCAAGUGCCGGCGCUACUCCGACGACAUCGCCGACUUCAUGCGCCUCAUCUACAGCAAGUCCGGGCUGGGGCAGGAGACCUUCGCGCCGCCCUUCAUCUUCUCGGGCCGGUUCGAGAAGACACUGGCGUUCGCGGUGCAGGAGGCCGAGGAGGGCCUGUUCGCCGUGGUGGGGCAGCUCCUGGCCAAGGCCGACGUGACGCCCACCGACAUCAGCGUCCUCGUCGUGGCGUGCUCCAUGUUCUCCCCGAUGCCGUCGCUGGCGUCCAUGAUCGCGCACCGCUUCAAGAUGCGGCCCGACGUGAAGGCGUACAGCGUCGCCGGGAUGGGGUGCAGCGCCGGCACCGUGGGCAUCGACACGGCGGCGCGGUCGCUGCGGUGCCAGCGGCGGCCCGGGUACGCGCUGGUGGUGGUGACGGAGAACACCAGCCUCAACUGGUACUUCGGCGAGAACAAGCACAUGCUGGUGACCAACUGCAUCUUCCGCGUGGGCACCGCGGCGGCGCUGGUGACGGACGUCCCCGCCCGCCGCGCCGACGCCAAGUACGAGCUGGUGCGCACGCUGCGGACGCACCACGGCGCCGACGACGCGGCCUUCCACGCGGCGACGCAGAUGGAGGACGAGCGGGGCAACCAGGGCGUGGCGCUCACCAAGGACCUGGUCCGCGUCGCGGGGGCCGCGCUCCGGCGGCACAUCACCACGCUGGGGCCCCGGGUGCUCCCCGCGGCGGAGAUGGCCCGGUACGCGUGGCGCGUGGCGCGCGCGUACGCGGCGGGGAACCGCAAGGCGGCGGCGGCGGAGGUGCCCGACUUCCAGCGCGCGUUCGAGCACAUGUGCAUCCACUCGGGCGGGAAGGCGGUGAUCGACUCGGUGGCGCGGCUGAUGGGGUUCGGGCCGUCGGUGGUGGAGCCGGCGCGGGCGACGCUGCACCGGUUCGGGAACACGUCGAGCAGCCUGGUGUUCUACGAGCUGGCCUACUUCGAGGCGAAGCGCCGGGUCCGCGCCGGCGACCGGCUCUGGAUGCUGGCGUUCGGGACGGGGUUCAAGGCGUGCAGCAACGUGUGGCGCGCGCUCCGCGAAUGCGGGCCCGACGCCGACAACCCGUGGAACGGGUGCGUCCACCGCUACCCGGUGCCGCCGCCGCCGCCGUCCAAGACGCACAAGCACUCUUGACUACCUGAUCUUGAGGAUUAGCGCCGCCGCAUCGGCCGGCCGUCCGUGCUUGCGUCCGGGGAAAUAAGAAAGAUGAUACGUAGGCCAAGGUGUGAGUUGUGUUUGAUACUACUUUGAUUGCUUGACGAUGAUGAUGAUGGCCUCA